AUGGCUAACAACCGAGUCCCUAUCAAUUACAACACGCCAGCGUUUCCCUCGUUGUACGAUCCACUCCCCACACAUCAUCGCAAGGAGGCCCACUAUCUUUAUUACACGCAUGAUAUCUGGCGCUUCACUCUGUACUGGACUUUGAUCUUCUAUGGCGCAACUCACCUCACUGUGGCCGGAUGUGCGGUUUUGACACAUAGUCGUAAUUGGAGCGUGAUAUGGCUGGUUCCAUUGUUGUAUAGUCUGGUCGCUGGAGUGGAGGCACUUAUGGCUGGGAGCAUCGUUGGACUUGUGCUCGGUCAACUCUACGAAUCAGGCAAUUUCAGGAUGUCGACUUGGGUGCCUAUGAUUUGGGCUGGUGUCAAUGUCAUGGUCCUUGUCCUGACUAGCUUUCCCAUGCAAGGUGGCCUGUGA